CGACCCCAUCUGGCAUAUGGCCAUAUCUUUCCCACAUUACGUUCUGCCAAAAUACGACCUUUCCCUUGCAUUUACCACCUCUUUUCUUCGAAUUUUCAAAUCCACAGAACAGUACAGGUUACAGACAAAUUAAUCCUACUAACUAUUCACCUCCACUCCAAAACAAGAAGAAAACGAGCAGUAUCCCGGAGACUGGGGAAGGAGAGAGAGCCACAAAGAAUCACACACACAACACACACUGAGAAAGAAGGGGGGAAAAAAGGUACUCCCUAGAGAGUUUUAGAGACAGCCCACAAUUCAUUUGCUCAAAAAAUAAUCAAUCAGUCAUCAUGCCAAAAGGUUCCAAGAAGAGAAAGGCUGAAAAGAAAAAGAAGGAGCAAGAGGCAUUGUCCCAUAAUCAGAGUCACAACCAUCAGACACAGCCACAAUCUGCUGUUUCUCAUACUCAUGAAAAUGAUGAUAAAGAAAGUGAGGGUGAGGAGGUUAGUUCUCCAGCCUCACAAGACCAUUCCAGUCAUCAGCAUCAGUUCAUUGAUGGCGAGAAGGAAGAUGUGAAGAAGGUAGAAGAUAGUUCACAUGUUCAAUUAUCUGGUGAGAAGAGCAAAUCCAUUGAAGAACACAAAGAUAAUGGUGUAGCAGUGGAAGAGGCAAAAGCUGAAGAAAGUGUUGUUCAGAUUGAGAAGGAACCGAAGCCUGCAGGUGAAUUGAAUGGCAAUAGCAUAAGUGAGGAGCGCGUUAAGAUUCAGAAGGAAUCAGGUAAUGGAGUUGCAUCUGAGAGUCUGGAUGGGGAGAGUACUUUAGAGGUUGAAAAGGAAUUGAAACUUUUUGAAAAAGUAAAUGCAUCGGUUGAGCAUGUUGAACCGCAGAAGGAACACAAUGAUGGAGUGUUGACUGAGCAUCGUAAUGAUGAAUGUCGCUUCAUUGACAAGACAAAUGUUGUGGUGGAUAGUUCUCCAUUUGGUAGUUCAGCAGAAGCAGUUAAUUCCUUCUGUGAAGGUCUGGCUGAAGUACCUAAUCCCAUUCCAGUUGGGGAAGUUUAUGGUUCAGUAGCAGAACCUGACUCUGAUACUGUUCCAGAGGAGAAGAUUAGCAGAGAUAGUAGUAGUCCAGGUCAUAGUUUGUUGACUUCUAAUGUAGUCACAGAAAUGCAUGAAAAUGGGAAGAAAGAUGUGGCUGUGAUGGAUCAGAAUGAUAGGAGUUUGCCAGUCCUUGUGGACUUGGGAUUAGAGAAUAAGAGGGAUCAAGCAAUUAUUCUAGCAGGUAAUGCUUUGAGAGCUUUAGAGGCAAGGGGCACAGUUACUCAAGAAACUGAAGAAAAGCAGAUGCAUUUGUACACUGCUCCUGAAGAUGAAGCUGCAAAUUAUGGUCAUGCUAGUAAUGGUGAACACCAUAUUAAGGAUUCAGAAGUUCAUGGGCACUCUGAUACACAGCCGCUGGUUGCUUCUGCUAUACGACCUGUGCAAAGAACUUCAUGGAUGAGUUGCUGUGGUCUGUUUGAGGCAUUCGCUGGAUCAAGUAGAUAAUGCCCGUUCAUCAUGCUGUGUCUUAGGCACUGAACACUUCUAUCUUAGUGGUAAGUUUGGGGUUAAAGGUUGUUGCAUGGUGCCUUAGAUGUGCUUUUACGUAUUUUCUUAGCCUAGGAGCUGAAAUAGGUCAUUACUCUGUACUUGGGAAAUUUAUGUGCUGGACCUUAAUCUACUGGUUAGUCAUUCAACCAUAAGCAAUUUGCUGAGAUCUUUUACCAAGUAUAGGUUGCUAGUUUUCGUUAUCCUCGGUAACAAAUUUAUUCCAACAGCAAAAUCUGAUUGUCCAUGUGAAAUAUGUUUAUACAGUAGUUGAAAUAAUUUGGUUUGCUAAUUCCCACAUUCGAUGGAACUAUGGCGACGCCAAGUUAAUAUUCUGUCGAUUAUUCUCUGUCUAUUAUGAAUACUUUACUGCAUUUCCCUCGUACUCCUACAUGUCUUGCUCUAGU